UGUCUUCUGCUGCUGGAGGCUGGAGUGUUUGUUUUUGUAGCUGUUGCUCGAUUUUUUUCUGUCAGUAUCGCCUGCUGGAAUCAAUCUGUGUGCCGAAAUGAGAACGAUUGGUGUCCUCUGUGGUGGAUUUUUACUUCACCUUGUGUUCCUCGCGUCAAUAUUUGAUAUUUAUUUCAAAACACCUAUUGUAUCGGGGAUUCUCUCAAAGCCUAACCCAGUACCGGGUCCAGCAAAGAGACUUGUUUUCAUUGUUGCUGAUGGUUUGCGAGCCGACAGCUUUUAUUCCAAUGAUAAAUCAAAAAGUACACCGUUCUUGAGGAACAAAUUGGAAAAUCAUGCUUCUUGGGGUGUAUCUCACACAAGGGUCCCUACAGAGUCUCGGCCUGGUAUUGUUGCCCUUGCUGCUGGUAUCUAUGAGGACCCAUCCGCUGUGUUUAAGGGCUGGAAGGAAAAUCCUGUUGAGUUCGACUCACUGUUUAAUCAGAGUCGCCUUACAUGGGCAUGGGGAAGUCCAGAUAUUGUACACAUGUUCAAACAAGGCAAUGUUAAAACUAUGUCAUAUAGUCCAGAUGAUGAAGAUUUUUCAGGAAAAGAAGCUUCAUGGAAAUUGGAUAAAUGGGUCUUUGAACAUGUUAAACUGCUUUUUGAUGAUGCCAUAGGAAAUCCUGAGCUGAAUGAUAAAUUACACAGUGAUAAACUUGUAUUUUUCCUUCAUCUUUUGGGUCUUGAUACUGCAGGUCACACAGUCAAACCUGUUUCUAAGACGUACCAAACAAAUCUGAAAUAUGUAGACAGAGGUAUUCAGCUUAUUGAGCAGCUAUUUGAGGAAUUCUUCAAUGAUGGAAAAACUUCUUAUGUCUUCACGGCUGAUCAUGGGAUGACCAACUGGGGAUCUCAUGGAGCUGGCAGCAAAGAAGAAACUGAAGUUCCUCUUCUUGCCUGGGGUGCUGGAAUAAAAGGGCCCAGUCGGGCUGAACCAUGGGACCCCGUCAGUCCUGAUAACUGGCAACUGAGUGAUUUGAAACGACAUGAUGUUGACCAAGCUGACAUUGUGGUUCUGCUUGCAAGUCUCAUCGGGUGCAGUAUACCUGUGAAUUCUGUGGGACGAUUACCUUUACCCUUUUUGGAUUUGCCUGUUCGGGAUCUGGCUAAGCUAAGCUUCCUAAAUGCAAAGCAGCUCUUAGCACAGGCAAAUAGAAAAAGAGAAAUUUUACAAAGAGGCAGUCUAUCAUGGUUAUAUCGCCCUUAUUGGAAGCUAACAUCAGAAGAAGCACAAAUCAGAGAAAAACUUAUUAACCAAUUCAUUAAUUCUCAGAAAUAUGACAAAGCUAUCCAAUUAUCUGAAGACCUCAGUGAUCUUAGCAUCCACGCAUUACGUUACUAUCACAAUUAUUACCAAGGCCUUCUUUUGACUGUCGUCUCGCUGUCAUUUCUUGGUUGGAUUGUGUGGCUGCUGUGCCAGUUAAAUAUUCCAUACAGAGCAGGGCAAACAAUCCUUCUUUUAGGCAUGGGGAGACAUGGAAGAUUAAUCAAUAAAGUUUUCCUAGCUUUAACAUGUCUAGCAUUUAUUCUGAUCCAAGUUCAGGGAUUGGAAUGGCAAUUUAAUGUGUACUGCCUACUCCCCCUUCUUCUUUGGUGGAGUGUGUUUUCCACAAUUGAUUUGUGGUCAUACAAUUUCAUUUCAACUGGACGACUUUGGAACUGCCUCAUAUUCAGUGCAAUUUUGUUACUCUUCAUUGAAAUCAUGGUUGCAGCAUUUUUUCAAAGAUGGGUUUUAAGUGUCGGAGUGCUGUUUUUGUCAUUGUGGCCAAUUUUGGGAACAGAGAAGACAGCACUGAUUUCUCCAUCACUGAUGUUUUCAUGGCUUUUUUCAUGUGCCAUUUUAGCUAUCUUUCCUCUAUUACCUGUGAUUGGAAGUGAAAGUAAUGUAAGACUUGUUGUAUUUUCAGGUUUCGUGUGGGUGGGUUCAUUGACGUUCACAAUGAGUGUAUUGCAGCGGAACAUUUCCAUGUAUCAAACUGUGACUUUGCUAUUGCCGUUAUUAUUUGCAUUGUGGAUUGUUCAGUCAGUCACAACAAGCUUAGCAGCCAAAGCAGGACUUCCAUUUGUUUACCAAUGCGCUUCUUGGUUAUACUUGGUGUUCAGUUGGGUUGAGGCUUCAACAGGCGAGAAAGCUGUUCCUAAACGCCUUUUAAGAUUGCACUUAUCAAUUGUACCUCUUUACAUGCUGCUAUGUGUUCGUCAUGAAGCUCUUUUUUUAUUAGCACUAUGCUUCCACCUUCUGUGUUGGUUUUUAAUAGAAGCCCAACUCAAUGGAAUCAGCUUUUAUCAGCUAAUGAGGGUAGAAUUUCCUCACAUAACAGAAGAACAAUCUGCUAAACGAAAACUGUCUUUUGAGGAUUUUCGUCGUGCUGCUCUUUUUGUAUUUUACAUAUUCCUUUCAUUUUUUGGAACAGGAAACAUUGCUAGUUUGAAUUCCUUUGAGGUCGUUUGGGUGCGAUGUUUUCUAUCAGUAUUUUCACCCUUCACAAUGAUGAUUUUAAUCCUUUUAAAAACUUUUAUUCCGUUUGUGCUUGUUACCUGUGUGUUUCGAGCUAUAAACAUAACUAUCAAGGCCCCUACAAAAUCCAUGUUUAUGGCUGUGCUAAUUAUAUCUGAUCUAAUGGGUUUGCAUUUCCUCUACCUUGUCACCAAUGAAGGUAGUUGGCUAGACAUAGGCACAUCUAUCUCCCACUAUGUCAUAGUGCAGGUAACUGUUCUAGCAUUAGUUUUGCUGUAUGGUAUUGCCUCUGUCAUAACUGGAGCACAUGUACCAAACAUAAAUUUUAAGGUGAGAGGAAGAAUAUGUAGACUUUGGGGAGAUGGAGUAUCUCAUCAUGAAGAUAUUGUAGUUAAGUUGUUUUAGAGACAAAUUUUUUAUUUAUUUGUAUUAAAUGUGAGUAACCAUGAAUUCUAGUCAGUGUGUGCCUGAACUCAAUUCAUUAAUACUGAAAGGAAAGGAAAAAUAAAAUUGCAUUAGGUAAUUA